AUGGUUGUCGCUAUUCAGCGCACUGCAGUCAUACUUCUAGUAAUUACGGCUCUCUCGGCAGUGGUUGGCGCUGACGCCACGAAGGUCAAUGGUCCUGCAGCGAGGUUCGUAAGGUUCGACACGAUUGCUGGCAUUGAUCAGAAUAACGACGAGAGGGGGCUCAACUUUGGUGCGAAUCCUAUUAUUGCGAAGAUUAAGACAAGGAUCAACAAAAUUCUGAGCCAGCCAAAACUCCACGAUUGGCUCAAACACAGCGUGUCCGGAGGUAAAGUGUUUGAAAUGCUGGGACUACAGCUAGUACAGCGAAAUUUGUUGACAAACCCGAAUUUUCUUCUUUGGGUGAAAUAUGUGAAUGACUUGAAUACGAAGAAGCCCAAUCCAGAACGAGUUUCGGCGGCAUCUCUGCUAAUCGAUCGCUUUGGUAGCGCUAAGCUUUCAGAAAUGCUUAAAAAAAAAGCCGCCGUGAAAGAUCAAAACACGAAGGCGCUUGCGCUGGAAUUGCAGGCGCAGCGACUACAAGAUUGGAAACAACUUAAGAAAACGCCGCUGGACGUCUUCGAGCUAAUUCACCUUUCCAAAAGUGAUACGCUCCUGGAUCCCGUUUUUCCUGUUUGGCUCAAGUAUGUGGAUGAUUUCCACUCUCAAAACUACAAGAUAAAUUCGAAUUUUAUUGAGAUACUAUCUCGUGGCCUUGGUGAGAAAGGUAUGGCGCAAACACUCGAACAAUUGAAGGACCCACUACAAGCAGGCUCAGCCUUCUCAGUACUAACCUCCCACUAG